AUGUUUGAUGAUCAAGACCUGGGCUUCUUUGCCAAUUUUCUUGGCAUCUUUAUAUUUGUUCUGGUAAUAGCCUAUCAUUAUGUUAUGGCUGAUCCUAAAUAUGAAGGAAACUAAGGAACCUUGGCCCUUUGUUUUUAGUAGUCCUUGCCAUGUUUUAGCUACCAUGAGGACUGAUAGUUUUCAUUAAUGGAUCUAACGUAAUUCUGUUAGCACCAUUAAAUGCAAAAUUUUCUGGUAUAUGUUAUUUGUGUUCAUGUCCAUUUAAGUGUUUUAUUUUUGCAAGUUCUCCAUGUGAUGCACACUACUAUAGAAUAAUUGUAUUGCACUUGGGAAAUGUUAGAUAAACUAGUGGUCCAGUUGUAUCUUGGGUCAUGGCUUUUGA